UGGCGCUGUUUGCCCUUGUUUGUUCACUUGAAUGGUAUUUGCAUUCCCAUGCGAUACACAUUGUUGUACCAUGGCAUCUGGUUCACCUUGGGGAGUAUUUUGUGGCAGUGAAUCACAGCUCAUCGAAGGUGUCAGCUCCCACUGUUCCGCUCAAGUAUCAAGAAUGGCUCUGCGCGGGGUUGGUCUUCAUUUGGAGACAUGGCAGUCAUCAAUUCCUGGGAGUUGCACUUGCUCAUCCGUCCAAUCUACCUCCCGUCUCUUCUGCAACCCUAGGACAAGGGGAAGGAGAGGGGAGAGAGAUGAUGACGAUCUCCUUGCUGACAAAUGCAAUCGAAGUCGACGAUGCCAUAUGAGUAUGGGUGGUAGGAUGGUGGUGACGAAGAGUAGUACUAAGAGAAGAAAUUCCAUUGAUGAUCCCAGAUCUGGAGAAAGGCUCAGCAAUCACUUGUUGCUGUCACUGUCAUCGAGCAGGACUUGCCUGCCCUAUCCACGACAGUUCACCUAUGCAUCCUCAUGUCACCCAGGGCAGGGGAGGGUGUACAUCAAUGAGUGGUCGUCUGUACCAGCUAAGCCGUGGGGAUUGAAGAGGUGGCGUGGAGUGGGCAGAGUUGGAGGGGUUGGCAAAGAGAUUCGAGAGGUGGGGAGCCGUGAAACGAUGUGGUACUGGGGGCGAAUGACACUCGGCUUAUAUAGCUUGGGGGGCAUCUCAGUCUCUGCAGCAGAAAAGUCUUCAGAAACAGAUACCAUCCUUUCUGGCAGGGUUUCUGCCUCAGAAACCUCGUGGAGUUACCGGUUGCUUAGUGAGAAACAAGGCAGGCAAGGAAGGGCAAGGUUACGGAGACAUAGAAGUUUGUGCCCAAGGUGCAGCUCCAGCACCGGCCUGGGACCAAACCAGGGCGCAAGCUUGGCAACACCGGAGCCAGAGCAGCACUCAAAGGAUGCCCAGGCACGUGAUGCUGGGACAGGGAUUGGGGGCGUUUGGGAUCGUGAUGAGGGCGACUGGGCCAGCUAUAGGACACAGAGCCUGAUGCCAUCAAAGCUUGCGGCACCAACGGCUCUUCCACCCAUUCCACCAGCACCCACAGAUGCCUCCAUCUUCAGUGUAAUGCCAUACUUAUGGAAGCUGGCGUCCAGUCAUUCUAAUCUUCGCUGGCGACUAUUUAUGGCCCUUGCACUGCUUUUCCUUGGUAAGAUUGCAGGAUUAGCUGGCCCGUUGCUAUUCAAGAAGGCAGUCGAUGCUCUCACAAUAGCUCAAACGUCAACCGCAGCGCCUCCAAUUGUGCUUGCCAUCUCUUGCCUCAUUCUUUCCUGUGUAGUGAAGGCUGUGAGUGCAGUGUUCAAUGAAUUCCGCUAUGUGUUGUUUGCCCCAGUAAGUCAUGCUACUGGGAGACAGGUUGCACUCCAUUUCUUUGAGCACGUUUUGGGGAUGGACAUGGCGUUUCAUCUUGAGAGGAAGACAGGGUCCCUAGCAAAGAUACUCGAUCGUGGGAAGCGCAGCGUCGCAAUGAUUUUUCGGGCUGUAGGUUG